AUGCGCAUCGCGACCGACAAGGCCAGUGGCGCGAAGCGGGCCUGCAAGAGCAUCCUGAAGCGACGGGUGGAGGGGGCCGGGGAUGCUGUUGACGUGCGCAAGGAGCUGGAUGUGAUGCUGCACCUGGCAGGCGAGGGGGCGAGGGAACAUAAGCAGCUGCAGCUCUGCGUGCUGGUGCACAUUGUGAUGGAGUACUGUGAGGGGGGCGAUCUGGUCAAACGCAUCAUCGACAAGGGCCACUACACCGAGCGCGACGCGGCCGCCGCCAUCCGCACCGUGCUGGAGGUCAUAGCCUACUCCCACGACAUGGGCUGCAUGCACAGAGACAUCAAGCCUGACAACUGCCUGCUGGCGGAUACCUCCGACUCGGCGCCCCUCAAGAUCGCGGACUGGGGCUAUGCGGACUUCUUCCGCCAAGGCCAGAAACUCAAGGGGGACGUCGGCACCAGCUUCUACAUGGCUCCCAACUGCCCGACCCAUUACCUGGCCCCCCAGCCCCACCCCCUCUUCACGAAAUCCAGCCCAGCUUGGCCAUCCCACUCAUAG